CCUCGCACAGCGAACUCGCGUCCCCGUAUCCGAACAAUUUUGCGAACCCAAUCUUACCGCGCAAAACUGCGCUACGAUGAACUUGUGAAAAUGACUUGGAAAACUAUACUCGUUUAAGUAUUGUGUUAUUGAUUUCGUAUUAGUGAUCAGCUAAAUAUUAAAAAUAUAAUAUGUAAAUAAAACUAGAGUUUAAGUUUAAAAUAUGAAUAUAAAACUUCAGUGAAAUUAUAUUUCUUGUGGAUUAGAUGCAAUGGACAAUAUUGGAUAUAUUACGGUCUGGAAACGGUUCAUGGACGAAGCCAGUGUGUGUGUGUGUGUAUGUAUAGUGAAAGAUCGAUAGUGUAAACAACAUUUAACGAUGUGAAAGUGAUAUUUAAUAAAAUGGGCUCUUUUUUGCGUGUGAACGACACAAACUUUACCAACGAACCUGUGGACCCCGUGCUAAUAUUCGGACCACAAAGGGACCCCAUGUAUAUAGUGAUACCUAUUACAAUAAUGUACUCUAUAAUAUUUGUGACCGGACUUUUCGGAAAUAUUUUCACAUGCUUAGUGAUAAUCCGGAACAAAAGUAUGCACACCGCAACAAACUAUUAUUUGUUUAGUUUAGCGAUAUCAGAUUUACUUUUGCUCAUUAGUGGUAUGCCUCAGGAGAUGUAUUCGAUAUGGUCGAAGUGGCCGUACGUGUUCGGGCCGGCGUUCUGCCUGAUCCGGGGGCUGGCGGCGGAGACGUCGACGAACGCGAGCGUGCUGACGAUCACGCUGUUCACGAUCGAGCGGUACCUGGCCAUCUGCCACCCGUUCGUGUCGCACAAGAUGUCGAAGCUGUCGCGGGCCACGCGGCACGUGGUGGCGCUGUGGGUGGCGGCGCUCACGCUGGCGCUGCCGCAGGCGCUGCAGUUCGGCGUGCGCAGCCACCAGGGCGUCGCCAUGUGCCUACAGACCCGAGUCAUCAUACAGCACUCCUUCGAGAUGUCAACAUUCUUCUUCUUCUUCGCCCCCAUGGCACUAAUAACAGUACUAUAUUCUCUAAUCGGACUGAGAUUAAAAAGAUCCGACUUAAGUAAUGAUGUACCAGGGCAAAAGGAAUUAAAACAGAAAAUGAGAUUUACUCAUAAAGUACACAAGAAGCACAGCCAGUCAACGAAGCGCGUCAUAAAAAUGCUAGUGGCCGUAGUAGUGGCAUUCUUCAUAUGCUGGGCGCCGUUCCACGCGCAGAGGCUCGUGGCCAUCUACGGCACGGACGAGCACCACCGGCCGCGCUCCAGCCUGCUGCUGCACGCCUACACAGUCCUCACAUACAUCUCGGGGGUGUUCUACUACUUCUCCACCAGCAUCAACCCCAUACUUUACCACAUCAUGUCCAACAAGUUUCGGGAAGCUUUCAAGAACACGGUGGUGCGGUGCUGCCGGCCGGGCACGCGCGCCGUACAGCGCAGCUCCUACACCACGCUCGCUCUCGGGCGCAACCCCGCCUCCAGCAGCACUGACAACUCAGGUAAUAAUCCUAAAGAUGGCGCCUAUGGUGAUAACAGAAUUACAAGAGGAUCGCUAAGGUCAUCAUCAGAUAAAAAGAUCAAAUUCGACUUUGAACGUAAUGUAAUUUAUUAUCAACACAAAUAUGCCCAGACCGACGUUUCGUUCCAGCGAGAUUUAGAAAAUGGGCUUCAUCAAAGUAAAGGAAUAGAAGAAAAGAGCAUUCCUAAAGAAAUAUACGUCGUAGUGUCGACGGAGCCGAGUGAAGAUACUCAAGACUCCAAAAUUACUCUAUCAGAUGAGCCUGAAGCCUACAUUAGAGAAAUUCGAGACAGGAUCAAUCGACGCCAGAAGGGAUAUGGAUAAAUUAGAGCAUUUCACAAACAGGGGAUGGUAGAACAUUUCACUCCUAGUUGAUUGAAUUUCACUACAGUUGAUUAUACUGUGCGCGCUUGUCAUUCGCACUCGCGUCGUUGUCAUACGGAGCGAUGGAGCAUUUAGUAACUGGAGAUGCCUUGGCUGUCAGUUUCUGUACAAAACAGUCUACCGAUUUUUGCGGGACACGUAAAAUGUAUGGCUAUUUGUACCGACAAGUUUGCACAAUUGUGCAAGGUUUUUGGUAGAGGGGUAAGCUCUUAAAGGCGUCUCUGGUUAUUAAAUGCUCUAAGUAUAGUCUGACAGAAAAGAGUGGAAAUUAAAAAGUGGC